AUGUUUUCAAUUGUAGAACAUUUUUCAGCAUGUUGGGUUGGUACGGAACGUCGAUUUUGUCACCUACACACGAGAAACAGGUCAGUUUUCUUGUUAUUUUCAGAAUUCGGUAAUUUCUUGUUUAUUUCAGAGUUUUUUGUAUAAGAUGGAUCGAAAAUAGGAUUGUUAUGAUGUAUAACCAAUUGGGCAACUAUCAAACCGAAAGAUUCGCACCAGCAAUCUCGACAAAACCGCCAGCGAAUCAAUCAUACUCUCGGAACCGAAUUCCUGUUAUUUUAUUCAAAGCUGAGGAAAUGCCAAGUCUCAUGCGAGUUUUCGAUGACCUCCGACUUGCUCAAUUUAUCAAAUAUGAAACAACUGCUGAAAAUGACAUGUGA